GACCAGAGUGUAUAUGAGACCCUAAUUUUGGGGGGAAACGCCUCACUUCAGAACGUCUCCUUCAGCAUCCCAACUUCUCUGCUGGCCCUUAAGUUUUUCUCUCUGGUCCACAAUGGUGAGACGAUGCUUCCAUCUCACUACGGUGAUCCUCUGGUUGGUGCAGGCAGUGCAUUCGGGGGGAUAUAAACCACAGAAUGGCAGAGGUGUGGGGACAUUGCUGAUGCCAUCAAAAGGUGUGGGUCAUGCAGUGAGGCCACAAAACGGAUAUGCUGGAUAUCCCAUGAAGGGACCAGGUUAUGGAGCCACAGCUGGGACGAACAAAGGCAGUGGAAUGAAAGGUUACGGACAAACGGCUGGACAGAUGAGUGAACAAGGGGGUAGACAGCUGGGAUAUGGUGUCAAAGCCGGCCCAGUCACUGGACAGAUGAACGGAGGCUUUGGUGCUCAACAAGCAUUUGGUGGAGCAGGAGCCAAAGGCAAUGGAAGAAAUCCUGCAGGUUCGUUCAACAGAAAUGGAGUACAACCUAAUGUAGGAUAUGGCGUUUCAGCUGGGCCGUUAUCUGGACCACAAAUCAAAGGUUUCAAUCCUCAGGCUGGUGGAUAUGGAGCGACGAAAGGAAAUGGUUAUGAGGCAGCAGCUGCCUCACAGUAUACACCUGGAAUAAGAGGCAAUGUAUAUGGAUCUAAAGCUGGCCCAAGCAUCAGACAACUGAAAUCUGGUUAUGUUGCUCAAACUGGUGGUAAUAGUGGGCAAGGAGAAAAACCCAAUGGGUAUGGUGCUGUGGCUGGCCCAAGCACAGGACAACAAAUGAGAAAUGGUUACAAUCUUCAAUCUGGAGGACAAACGACUAAAGGCAAUGGUCAAGGCGUGGUGGCUGGACCCUCUACGGCAAAUGGAGCAUAUGGACAAGGAGGAAUGGGAAGCAAACUUAUGAAGGGUUAUGGCCGAACACCUUAUGGAUCAGGUGUUCAGAGGGGAGUGUUGGGAGGCCUCGGAGUUCCUCGGCCUGCUAGGAACCAGCAGAAAUCGUAUGGGAGCAGAACUGGUGACAGAGGUCAGCCCAACAGCGGCUACAAUGGCGGUUAUGGCAGCACAGCUCUGGGACCUCGUUAUGGAAAUGGCGGGAUGAAAGGACCGGUAAAAGGCUAUGCAAACUUACCACAUACUGGUAAUAGAGGAGCAGUUCUAAACGGUUAUGAACAACAAGGCGGUGGAGUAGCUGCAAAACCAGCAAAAUCAGGUGGUGGUAGUAUUCCUAAUGGAUAUGGUGCCAGACCUAACGGAAAUCCUCAUUUAAAUGGAGGUUCAGGGAGACCCCAGCCAAGUUUUGGAGCCACAGCUGAAGGCGGAGUUUUCAAAGGAUAUGGCACUAAACCAAGUGGUCAUGGUGGAAAUGGUGCUGUUCUGAGUGGAUAUGGACGACAGCCCAACGGUUACAACCUGAUGCCAAAUGGAAAGGGCCAGGCUGUUAGAGGAACAGAGGUAUCAGGUGAAAGGAACCUCAAAGGUGGUGUGCACUUCCACCACCAUCAUCAUCAGCAGCAGCAGAUGACGGCACAGUUGGGGGAUGUCACCCCACGAGCAGCUACCCCACCUAUCCCGGCCCCUACAGGUGGUCUCCUUGUUAUGGUGACCCAAGAGAAGUACCAAAAGCUGCCUUCACCUUUGCCCCAGGGGAAAAAGUACAAACACACAGCAAUCCUGCCUGAGGAAAGCCCAGAACCAGCACCUGCAUAUCCUGAAGCCAGAGGGCAGCACCUCUCACUGGAGCCUGCACCUAUUGGUCCAAAGGACAAGAAUCAGAAGGGGGUCCAUUCUGGACCUGCAGUCGUGGUUCCCCAAAGCAAACCCGCACCAGAACCAGCAGCUGUUCAAGGUUAUGUGACUGGAAAUGCUGUUCAUCUGCAAAAAGCUGCAGAAGCAGACGCUGUAGGUUUGGGGGGGGGCGCCCCAAAAACCAAAGCUGUUCCUGAAACAGCUGAGGAAAGGGGCGGUGUCCCUCCAAAGGAAACACUGAUCACUGCGGGUGUGGGCGAGUCUGCAGCAGAGGAGGCUGACGCACAACCUGACAGGCUGCAGGGCACAAGUAUCCAUGCUGGGGAGACGGGUACUGAACCACACCUAGGUUUGGAGAGUAGGGGAUCUUCUGCCUCAAAGGGACCAGGAGCCAAACUUGACUGUGGACUGAAUGGUCAGUGGAUGAAAAUACCAAGACCUGAUUACAAUGCAGCAGCUGGUAGUUUGGAUGGCUCACAAACUAAAGGUUAUGGAGCAGGAGAAAAUGCUUUUCUAAACAAUGGAUAUGGAGCAGGGCUUGGGUACCCGUAUGCAGGGAAAGCAGCUCAAGCUGGAUAUGGAAAAGGAGUUCACCCUGGGGCUGGAUAUGAAAAUGGAAAUCCAUAUGGAGCUCUCAGUGAAGCAGGCUAUAGAAAUGGGUAUGGAGCAGGACCUCAGCCUGACUAUUCAAGUUAUGGUCAAGGUGUGCCGACUAUUGAUGGCAAAUCAGGUGGAAACCCAGGACUUCCUGCAGGACUAGAUGGAAUGAGUCAGUUUGAGCCUCAGUCUGUUGGUCUGGGUCCAAAUGGAAAAGGCGUCAUGUAUGGUGUUGGGGGGCUGCAGUUUGGUGGACAACCUGGGAACUCCGGGAUAAAUGGUGCAGGACAGUAUGGAGGUGUCGUUGCAAGUAUGGGAGGGAGUCUUGUGCCUGGAAUGCACAGUUAUGGUGGAUAUGCUUAUAACCAAAAUGCUCCUGGAAAACAGGGUUAUGGAAGACUUCCUUAUGGAGUUCAACAGGCUGGACUUAACCCUGAGGCUAAAGCCGCCGCCCAGUAUGGUCAUACUGGGUCAUCAUAUCAGCCUGAAUCUGUUGGCUUCGGACAACCAGGGAAAACAGCAGGAUCAUACAGCGGGGGACAGGCUGCCUUUGCACCUCAGGCUCUUGGGUUUGGGGGUGAUGAUAAAUCUGGUAAAUAUGAUAAACAGGGAGCUUUCCAAUCACAGCGUCUCCGGCCUGAAGAAACAGCCGGUCAGACAUAUGAGCGCCAGUCUGUUGGGUUGGAUUCAGCAGGAAAGUCCUAUGUGAAAGGGGAAGUGCCAACUGCAACUCUAGCAGCUGAAAGUGAGAGGAUUCCCAUUAAUAAAUAUGAAAAUGUGGGCUACAUAAAUGGACAAAUGCAGCCAGAAGUUGCUGGGCUUCCUGCAGCUCCCACUGCCAGUUCCACCCUGGCCUUUUCCUCUCCUGAUGGGAUUCCUGUAGAGGAUGUUCAGGACAUUCCUGAUCCAGAGGGCACAGCCAGCUUCUUGGAGUCGGGACCCGUUACAGAAAUGCUGGGCGAGUCUCGGGGACCGGAGGAUGCCGAGAACCUGCCACGUCAGAUACACAUCCAGCAGCAUCUCAAACUCCAUUUCAACCCACAAGGCAAAAAAAAUGGCAAAUAUGAUGCAAAUGGCUUCUUUGGGAACAAUGGCUAUUAAGGUUGAUGGUCCUGGAAAACAAAUAGAAACACUUGUUGCUUUUUCUGUGUAUUAUAUUUUUUCAUUUUCAUUCCUCAAACCGUCACGUUGUUUUGUAAGUACGGUAUGUAGAAAAUGGUUUCAACACUUUGGGCUUCGAUUUUUGUUGUACAUUUCCAAUAUUUCUACACUGUUGUCCUGCACUCUGUUCUCUGCAUAGAUGUAGUGGAAAAAAAAUCAAGUUUCAUUGAGACAACUUUAACCAAAUUUUGAACCUUUUUGUUGAAACCUUCAAAAAUUUCUGCUAAAUACUGUAGUAGCAAAAAGUCAGGCUAAUUUAUUUUCAGUGGAAAAGGCUUAUUUUUUAUUACUUGAUACAACAAACUGUUUAUUAUUGUACAGUAUUUGAUUAAACCAUGACAGACAAAGA